AAUAGAUGACAAUUUUCACUCCACUUGAAACCUUGCCAUCAAAACCAAGCUUAGAUAUUCUUAAUUGAAGAAGAGUCACCUUGUCAAGAAAUGUUCUCAUGUUUUACCCGAGAUCUACCAACAACGUUUCAACCGCUCUUCCGGCUACAAAAAAGCGACAUAAAACGCCAAAUCUUGCUCAGAAUACACCUAUUCUAAACCCCAUUGCUUCUUCUUUGAGACAGGGUACAAAAAGCAAAACAUAUCAUCACGCUAUUGAUCAUGCCCCAGUGAUCAGUAACCAGCAAGGUAAACUACUGGAUCCUCAAGUUUUUAAAGGCUCGCCAAAAGAGAAUUGGUCCAUAAAGACGAGCAACGAGUUGAACCACUUGAAGCGAGGAGUAGUGACAUAUCCAGAACGAACGGAUUCUUCUGCUGUGGAAAGUGCGUCCUCCCAAGCAUCAGCCAACUCCGGCGAGACUCAUAUCUGUCAGAUUCACAAUGAAACCUUGGACCAGUGUUUGGAUCAAGAGGGCACUUAUGUAUGCAAAUCUUAUGGAUCAAGAUGCUUCAUCAUUCAGAAAAUGCCAAGCUCAAUACGGACCACAAAUGGUCAACCCAUUGACACUCAAAGCAUUCAACAAACCUUGAACGUGGCAGAAAUAAAAUCCCUUGUAAGUGAGGCUACAAUUGUGGUGAACUCUAAUCUGAUUACUUGGAAAUCCAAGGCCGAUGUAUGCUCAUUUGCACGGACCAAUGCAACGAAAUAUCCUAAUUUAGAUUCAAGGAACUGUCAAGAGUGCCUAGCAAGUUCUUUAGCUUCAUCUCUGGCUAAAUUAAAGGCCUCAAAAGACCAAGAGAACCAGACAGUGACGUCUACCUCGAAUCAAAAUAUUUAUGUUCAACAAGUUAGAAUUGACAAAGCAGCAGCCUCUACGAUAAGUUCAACGGCAAAUGAAACUUCCUCGUUCAACAAUCCUGGCUCAAGGUUGUGCACAUCUACUACCCAAUUAUAUAGAACCCAAGUUUGUUCCACCAUACUCUCAUCAUCGUCUUCACCAUCAUCAAGAUCUAUUGAACCCGUAUUACUAGACUCCUCGAAACGUGGAAACAGCAAUUGUGCCAACAAUGCAUCCAAGUAUUUUACUGCUUUAAGUUAUAAGCCGUCUUCCAAGAAAAAACAGAAAUUUUUGGGACGUCCGAUCACCCCUCAGUUUGAGAUUAGCUCCAAGGCUAAUAACAAUUUGUCAUCAUCUAUUGGUUACAAAUCUACUGCUACAUAUCCGUUGAAAAAGUGGCCUUUAAUCAAUUCCAAAGAAAACGGGGUCACCUCCACUGACGACGUGCCCGGUGGGACGACGACGAUCACGGUGACACCUCCUACUCCCCUUACCAAAGAGUCAUUCAUAGUACCUAAUGGAAUUUCCAUCAAUGGGGCAUUCACAUCAAGGACCAAGAGCUUAAUUUCGUCCGUUGUGUCUACGGGCUCUAAGCCAAUUGACAAUUCAGGGCUGUUCUCCAGACCGGGAAACGAGUUUAUCCUAGCUCAAGCCAAAAAGCGCUUUCAGUCCAAGAUCUACAGGAGUCAAAGCUUGGGAAAUCUGGUUCCAAACUCGAGCAAGAAGAAUCCCAAAGAUUUGAGACAGCAGAAAGAAGUCAGGGAUACUGCCCCUCUUCCAAGUUCAAUUGACGCAACAUUGUUCACGUGCUCUAGUGUGUCAAAACCAAGGUCUCUUCUGAAUUCAAAAGUACCUGUCAUUGGUUUGAAAUCACAUCAAUUGAAUUUAGCGCCAACAACAAACAUUGAGUGUAACAUCCCUCUCAACAAUAACAUUCACAGAGGUAAGUACCAAUUAAUUCACUUUAACAAAAAGCAAGGGGUGUUGAUCUUUUUGAACGUCGAAAAUGGCAUUCAAUUUGCGGUGCAAUGUGAACUGGAUGGUCGUGGCCAUACAAGAUAA